UCUUCUUCAUCAAAUCAAAUGCUACAUAUUCCCAACUCAAAUUAAUUUCUUCCUCUCUGCCUCUUGAUUUUACUUCCUCUUCCUCUCCCCUUCACGAAAAAUGGAUCAAAUGGCUAGUACUCACUCGCUACAGGGGUGGUCAAAUUACCAGAACAUUGUCCCCAAACAAGAAGACCCGUUUACGUUUCCCACCCAAUUUUCUGCAUUUGAUUAUCUAAGUGAGAAUUAUGGGCAUUGCCCUUUAGAUUGGCAAACUGAAUUCCCCAUCCAGGAGACCAUUCUCGAUGUUGAACCUUUGAUGAGUGAUUUCACUACUGAUCCCUUAUAUCCAGCAGUAACGGAUAUCGAGCCGAUCUCAACUCAAAUUCAAGAGAACUUGUUUUGUGGGUAUGAGAGUGGAACUGGGUUUUGGGGUGAACUAGGGGCCCUAUUCGAACCAAAGAAAAAGACACUGUUCCUGUGUGACAAAGCUGAAGACGAUGACAAGUUGAGGCAAGAUGAGGAACAACAGAGGAAGAUCAAAAGGUGCAAAUCGGAUGACAAGAACAACAAUAUCGUUUCUUCAAAAAUGCUUUCGAGGAAAACUAUUUCUCAGUACUUCUACAUGCCCAUCACCCAAGCUGCUAAGGAGCUUAACAUUGGCUUGACACUGUUGAAGAAGAGGUGCAGAGAGUUGGGAAUUUGCCGUUGGCCACACCGCAAGCUGAUGAGCCUCCAAACCCUAAUAAAGAAUGUACAGGAGUUGCAGAAGGAGGAAGGACAAGAAAGUGAACGGAAAUUGAGAGAAGCAAUAGAAGUUUUGGAGAUGGAGAAGAAGAUGCUGGAACAAGCACCGGAUUUGCAAUUGGAGGACAAGACCAAGAGACUCAGACAAGCCUGUUUUAAGGCAAAUUACAAGAAGAGGAAGAUGAUGACCAUGUGUUCUAGUUCUUCUUUUGAAAUGCAAUGAAUUGAAGAUGAAGAUAAUUGAGUUCUCUUUGUUCUUGGUCAUUGUCAGUUCUAUUUUAUCUCGUUCUUUUUUCUUUUCUUUUUUUUCUUUCUUUUUUUUUUUUAAAAAAAAAAAUCUUUUUGAAGUAAUCAUUUUGCUGGUUAUGGUUAUAGGUACACAGAUGUGGGGGUGUCACUAGAAAUGAAGAAAUCAGAGAUGGAAAAUAUAUACUUUGAAUGGAUUGAAAAUGUUCAUAAAAAUGUGAAUGACUU